AUGGAUAAGCUAAUUUCGUCUUUAUUAUGUUGUGCAGUCGAUUCCAAGGAUGAUAGCGACGACAAAAUAGUCAACCAGCAGAACAGUAGGAAUAGAAGCGGUGGUACGGGUAAACCGAGGAAUAGUAACAGCAACGGUGUGGACAAAAAUAGAAGCCCAGAAGCGAGUAGCAAGAGCAAGGAGAGGGGCCAAAUAAAGGGCGAGGACAAGGAAGUGAGUGGUCGAAAUAGGAACAAAACAACGACCAGUCCUAAAGAUAAAGUUGACCUUGUUGAAGAUGAUAAUUCGGUGAAUGAAACAGACACAAUUACCAACACAAACGAGUCGAAUCCAACGCCAAAUAACCAGUCACAAGAACAACCUGUAAUGCCCGAGGUGAUAACAGACCGGGAUGACCCGAACUACGACGACCCGAGACAUAGGGAGACCGAAACGGGAGACAUCGAAGAGGAGGAGGUUGUUUACGAAGACAACGACGAAGACUCCGAGUCGUUUAUGGAUUUGACCAAGCUUCAGGAGGGCCAGUCCUACAACGAAGAAACAGGAUGGUUGUUGGGUGUGAAGGAUGCGUCCUUUGGUAAUAAGAAGUGUCUUGUGUUGGAUUUGGAUGAAACAUUAGUUCACUCGUCGUUCAAAUACUUACGGACGGCAGACUUUGUGAUACCAGUUGAGAUUGACAACCAGGUUCACCACGUCUACGUUAUUAAAAGGCCCGGGGUGGACGAGUUUUUGGAAAAAGUGGGCAGGUGGUUUGAAGUUGUGGUGUUCACAGCUUCUGUACUGAAAUACGGCGAUCCAUUGUUGGAUAAGUUAGAUAUAUUUCAUUCUGUGCACCAUAGGUUAUUCAGAGAUUCGUGCUAUAACUACCAGGGCAACUUUAUUAAAAAUUUAUCGCAAUUGGGAAGACCUCUAACUGAUUCGAUUAUAAUCGACAAUUCACCUGCCUCGUAUAUUUUCCAUCCUCAACAUUCCAUUCCAAUCUCAAGUUGGUUCAGUGACACGCAUGAUAAUGAAUUACUUGACUUAUUACCGUUUUUGGAAGACAUAUCAAAAUCCAAUGUUGAUGAUGUGGGUUUGGUAUUGGAUAUUUCUUUGUAA